AUGUGCGACGUCGAGUCGGAGCCUGAGCCGGCGCCUGCCGCGGCCGCGGCCGAUUGCGAGGAGGCGCCCGGCGACGUCGGGACCACGCGUCUGCCGGAUCUCUCGCCCGACGGGUGGCCAAUCUACCCGUCUGUGACGGAGCGGUACUUCACAACGUACGUGACCUCCAACCACCAGGCGCUGCACGUCCACUCCAACGGGAUCUGUCUGCUCGGCCUCGCGCCAUCGCACCCGCUGCUGGCGCCCGGCGCGGCGCGGAUCACCGGCGUCGCGUUCCGAGACCACGACGCCAAGAACCUGCUCGCCAACGAGGUGCGCGGCAAGCGCAAGAGCGGCGCAGUCUUUGUGCUGCCGCGCGAUCUCGUCGCCUCCGUCACCACCGAGGCCGGCGGCGACCCGCUGCCGCUGUGGGCGUGUGUGCGCGCCAACGUGAUCGAGGUGAACCGGCGGCUCAUCGAGGAGCCGGAGCUGCUCGGCUCGGCGGGCGGCCGCGGCUGGCUCGCGGUGCUGAUGCCAAAGAUGGCGGAGAAGGGCUCGAUCGGCGCCGCGCUCCUCGAGCUCGACAGGCGCGACGCGGCGGGGAGAGGGAGCGGCACCGAGGAGGGAGGAGGGAGGACGGAACAAGGGGGCUUGCGCUACUUGCGGAAGGAGACCGGAACGUGCAAGUUUGCCGACAAGUGCCGCUUCCGGCACGCGGCGCCGUCCGAGGCGCCGUCCGAGGCAGCACCGUCCGUCGGAGGGGUGGAGCCAUCAGGCGGCGCAGAGGCGGGCGAGGCUGCUGAUGCCGGCGAUGGGGGCGAGAGCGGAGGGGUCGGCAGUGGUGGCGCGGAGGGGGGGUGUUGGUGCUAG